CGAUAUCAAACACAGGGAAGAGCGGAUUCCCGACCGGGUCACGGAGAUUUUGAGGAUGGUUUGUUUUACUCUCUCUGCUAGUCACCGAAUGAGAACUUCGGGGCAAUGCGAGUUAUCGGUCUUAACAUCGCGACAGGAGAGCACUCCAACGUCUCAAGAUGAAGUCACAGUGGAAAAAAGAGGACUAUUGUUAUCCUCGCAGGAUUGCGAUUGCUUCUUUUAAUUCUAAACUCUGACCGUAUCCACAAGGCCGCCAAUGAUGAUACUUGGAUUAAUUUCCCAGGAGUUACAUGAGCAGCUUCUGGACCGGAAGAACUACCAAAAUCGAACAAAAGGGGUGGAAGAACUUCAACACAUUCUCUCAGAAUUGGACAUGAAGUCAGUCCCAUCAGACAGUAUUGUGGAAUUUAUCAAUUUUCUUUGUCAACUUCUGGAUGACAGCAAUUUUAAAGUAUUGUAUGGCACUUUACAGGUUAUAAACUUAACCAUUCAGAAGCUGGGUUCCAGUGUAGAUAAAUAUUUUCAACAGAUAGCUUUUGUGACUCUGAAGGCUUUAGGGGACACACGUACUAUAACCAGGAAUGAAUACAUGAAUGUGUUUCGACAGUUGAUGGGGAUUGUUGGGCCACAAAAAGUUUUGGAUCUUGUUAUAGGAAGCUUGAGGCACAAAAAUUCCAAAGUUCGAGAGGAUGUCCUUAAUAUCAUCACAGCAGCUAUGCUCACCCAUCCCAGGAAAGACUUCAACAUCCCUAAUCUCUGUUUUGAAGUUGCACCAUAUCUGGCAGACAGCAAAAGGAAAGUCCGCCUCGCAGCCCUUGAACUGUUUGCUGUUUUUGACCAUUGCCUUGACAUAGGGAAGAAGCAGCCCCUAAUGAAAGCCGUGGACAUGGUUGAACUCAGUGAGGAUGCAGAAGGCCUUAUGGCCGCUGUGCAAGCAAGACGAGCAAGGCACAUUCUUCCGAGACUGUCCUCAGAGGGGAUGGUAGAGUAUGCCUUGAUCAUGCCCAAACCAGAACAGCGAUGCUCCCCACAAUUUGGUUCUGGGGCCGACCUGGACUGGGUACUUAAUGGAGGGCGUAUAAGCAGUGCCAGGAGCCACAGAACUGAGCCAGACCCAGACAGGUUGUAUGGCUAUGGCAGCUUAGGUUCUCUCACUGAAGACCUUCCACUGCAAAGAAGGAUUGUUAGUGCAGGCAAAGGGAAGAACAAACUACCCUGGGAUAUGACAAGUGUCUCAUCCGCAGAGAGUGGCCAGCAGUUCAAUGCUCCCAAUGGAAGGUGCUCUGAAAAGUUGGCUAGUGAGGAUUGCUUGUCCCUCUCAAGAAGGUUCAGUCCGGAGACUUACGUCCCCAGUUUUGGUUCUGCAGCACCAGAGAAGUUCCAGUCCUCCAGAAGGAGGGAGUCCCCUGCACGCCUCAGGAGAAGCGGAAGCCUGGACUUAGAACCUGACCUCUUUAAAUCCACCAACUUCUCUGAGCCAUAUGGUGUGGCACCUAAAGCACGCAUUCUCUCAGGAAACCCCAGUGUUGAGCGCACCUUCUCCCUCCCCUCCAAUCCCACCACACCUGGCUCCUUCCUGUUGCCCUCCUACCCACUGGCUGCUCUUCCUGGAGGUCUGCUCACCCCAAAGCUACCCCGUCGCCAAGCAGAAUCCCCCCUUUCUAUGUCCAACACUUGGCCCAACAAGAGAGAAAUCAGCCCUCACCAGCGAGACCCCAGUCCCUGGAGAGACACAACAGGCAAGGAGACAAAAUUGGAAGCUAACUAUACAUCUACUAGAUGCUCUCCCAGGCCUCUUCGUGCCACCUUUUUGAGCUCCCCCUCCUCCCUCCAUCAGGCUCUGAGCGGAACAAGGACAGCCCUCCCUAUCUCACCACUUCUCCCUACAGAGCGGGCCCAGUCUCAUAACUACCAGAGGUCCAGUGCCUCAUCCAGCCCUCAGAACCAGCAGCUAGAGAGGAACCUUGAUCUGGAUCUUACCAGCAUCAGCGUGGUACAGGACCCACAGGAGGAUGAACCUCUUGACAUGGAAGAGAUGUUGAACUCACUGCGCUCGCUACGCAACAGUGCUGCCAAAAAGAAGGCCAAAGUGGGCCAAAGCAGUUCCGAUCAGGACCCUGACAGCCCAGACUCAGCUGUGAAACUUGAGCUGGGUCUUGAUUCACCGUCUUGCAGCUCCCCCAAAGUCACAAGCCCUGGCAGUGAGAGUGGCCUCUCCAGUCUCUGCUCACCCCCAAACUCCACCCUCAAUGGCACCAAAACUAGUUCUGGAAACUGUGCCUCUUCAGUAGUGAAACCUCACAUCGCAAGAGUGCCUUCAGCAAAACUGAGGUCUUCUGUGUCCAUGGACUUCAGUUGCCUUCAAGGCUUGUCUGCCAAAGAGAAAGCAUCCCCUGAAGUUGGUGUGAUUGGCCAGAGAGUCAUGUACUCCAAUGGACCAAUGGAAUACGAGGAUGAGUGCCAGACAAGCGAGCCAUCCCCUCCCCCAGUGAAACCAACCUCUCGUAAGCCAAUCAGAGCUCUGAGGCCUCCCAAAGGUUCUCAGAGCCACAGCAGCAGGAACUCACCAGCCACUGACAUGCCAGCAGGAGUGGUGGGAAGGGGUAUGUUUGGCUCAGCAGUUUUGUCGAGUCGUCCAUGCAUUGCCAUGUCAUUUGAGCAGAGUGACUUAAUGGCAAAGCCCCCCAGUGAACCCCCAGCAGGCAUCUAUGGCCAUGCCAAGACUGGCAAUUACCUAGACACUGAUGACAGCCUAGAUCCAGAGGAGACUAAGGAGAGAGUGAGAAAUGCAAGGUUUAGCAGGGAUAAGAUGCGGCUUCAACGUCUGGACCAGUCGGAGGGGCAGUUUGGUCAGAGUGAUCUUGAACGAGACAAAGUCCGCUACCGUGUCAGACGAAUGCUGGCUGAUAAACCCACAGAGGAAAAUCCAAUAUCAGUCAGAAAUAAUCUUCAUCUAAAUGGCAGUACAUUGACCUCCAUCAGGCUCGACACUCCCCUCGAUGAGGCCCCAGUCACACUCACCAGCUCCCCAGUACCCCAGAGCCCCAUCAAGUGCUUCACCCCGCCUCACAAACCCAGCCCUCCCAUGGUGCGCCCCAACCCAAAAACAUUAACCCAUCUCAGAAGGGCCCCUAGCCUCAGUAGGACACAACCCUCUCUCUCCCACAGCUCAGAUGAAUUGGCCCCAGGCACUGUCAGUCAGAAGAGAGAUCUGGUGGAGCCUCCUGAGAUCCGUCCAUUUUCCAAACCCGACCUGGCACUGACACGGAGCUUCAAGCUUCUCAGUUCAGAAGACUGGGAAAAGAAGAUUGAGGGUCUGACUUUCCUGCGUAGUCUGGCUCAGUACCACUCAGACACACUUCACAGUAGGCUCCAUGAUGUCUGCCUUGCCCUCGUUCAAGAGGUCAAGAACCUGCGGUCAGGGGUGUCCAGGGUGGCAGUGUAUACACUUGGAGACCUGUACAGCCACUUGCAGAAGGCCAUGGACCAGGAGCUGGAAGGGACAGCUAAAGCCCUGCUUCAGAAGGCCGGGGAGAGCAAUGCCUUCAUCCGGCAGGAUGUUGAUGCAGCACUGGAUUGCAUGGUGCAGCACUGCACCCCCAUCCGCAGCAUCAAUGCUCUGCUCACUGGAGGUCUCAGUCAUCUCAAUGCAGUGGUGAGGAAAUGCACAGCCCAGCACCUGACCAAUUUGGUUGAGAAGGUUGGUGCUGCCCGUCUCCUGUCCGGAGGGAAAGACCUGACUGACAGAAUUCUACCUGCUGUUAUAAAGCUGGCGCAGGACUCUUCCCAGGAAGCCAGAUACUUUGGUCGGCGGAUGCUACUGUUUCUAUCAUCCCACCGUGACUUUGAUAAGGUUCUAGAGAAGUAUAUCCCCACCAAAGACCUGGUGACUGUCAGAGACACUGUCUUUACACUCAAGACUAAGGGUCUCGGUGAAAUUCCCCAGGAUAUACCGUCAGCUCGAGGCAGACGGUCCCUCCCAGGCAGUGGCACAGUCAGGGCCUCAUCUCUCACCAGAGAACCGCUCAACCAGACUAACAGGGAGUCCAGCAGCCAGUACAGCUGCAGGUCUCAGGUACACAGCAUUGCAGACAAGACUGAAUAUAUCAAGCAGAUCUCAGCUCUGCUGGGUUCAAAGGACUUCAGAGAGAGGAUAAAGGGCAUCGACCAGCUAGUUGCUGACUGCCAGCAUAACCCCACUAUGGUCAUCAGCAGUAUAUUCCCGGUGUUUGAUGCCUUUAAGGGCAGGCUGCAGGAGUCCAAUAGUAAGGUCAACCUAUAUGCUCUGGAGUCUCUCCAGACCAUCAUCAGCUUGAUGAAGGACAAUCUGUCCCAGGUGGUCAACAUUCUGGUACCAGCUAUAGUGGACAAUCACCUAAACUCCAAAAAUAACGCUAUCUAUUCUGCUGCUAUUGGAGCCAUCGAUGCACUUUCUUUUAACCUUGAUAACUUCCUCCUCCUCCAGCCACUCUGUACCAAGGCCCAGUUUUUAAGUGGAAAAGCUAAGGUGGAUCUUGUUGAAAAGGUUGCAGAUCUUGUGACAGAACUAUACCAUCGCAAGCCCCAGAUGGUGGAGCAGAAAGUGCUACCAUUGCUGUGGCACCUCUUGGGUACCUCUAGUCACAGUGGCACUGCUCACGGCCGGGGCGGCAGUGUGCGGGGGGCCACUACAAACCUGUGCCAAGCCCUCUAUGCCCAGAUGGGGCCCAGCCUGGCUGAGUGUGCUGCCUCCCAGCCUGCCAACAUCUACAAGGGCCUCAAUGAGUUCCUGAGAACCUCGUCCUCUUCUUGAGAGGUAAACAGGAAAAUC